CGGAGUAGGAAGCCCUGGGGCUUUUCGUUCAGAAUGGAAAGGAAACUUAAGGCGGUUUGGAUUAUGAAAAGGGUUCUUCUCCCCAUAUUUUGUGUCAUAUCGAUAAUGUUGACAUCUUACCCUGGCUCGUCGAAUGCAAGUUAUCUUUGCUGGUAAUGUCUUCAGGUGGUGAAUUAAAUGAGACAAGAGUACAUUUGCUACUUGUAGGAACGAUAGUGCCAACAGCUUUGGGUACGCUGUUCGUGGCUGGACGUCUCUAUACUCGGGGAGUCAUCACGAGAAAUUGGGGAUGGGAUGAUUUUUGCAUUGUAAUAGCAUGGAUCCUCACCAUCUUUGUUGCAGUCACCAAUGCACUCUUCUGUAGCUAUGGCGGCGGCCGUCACGUUGAACUCCAGACCCCGUCAGACCUAAAACCUUUCUUCAUCCUCGCUUUCGUGUCUCGAAUCCUCUACCAAGUAUCUCUUAUGAUGGUAAGAGUUGCCAUCUGUCUGGUCUAUUCACGAAUCUUUCAAGAUCGACUGAGCAAAAUCAUUGUAUACAGUCUAUUGGCUUUCCAGAUUGUAUCGACGAUUCCUCUUACGUUGAUUGUUGUUUUCCAAUGCGAUCCAAUCGUUUCGCAGUGGGAUUUCAGCGUGGAACAAGUUCGUUGUAUUGAUCCCUUGCCGGGAAUCAUUACUUUUACCACUUGUAGUGUUUUCAGUGAUGUGGCACUUAUUCUUUUUGUCGUACCGAGAGUGUUACCCCUCAAAAUCAACAAACGUCAAAAAGCAACGCUAGUCGCGAUCGUCAGUUUCGGUAUCCUCGUCAUCAUCGCCUCGAUCAUUCGCUUCAUUCGCUCUAAACCCAUUUUCACCGAGAGAGAUUACACGUGGAACCUGUGGGAAAUCACAACGUGGUCGAGUAUUGAACUCAACACUGCAUUGUUCUGUGUUAGUGCGCCGUGUCUGAGACCGCUGGUCAGGAAAAUGGAGCCCGAUAUUACGUGGUUGAAGAGCGCGGUGACUGCGAGUAGGAGUCAGGCAACGACGGUUGGAGGGAGAAGAAAGAGCUCGGCUGUGGGUUUGCAGGGGAAUAAUGGAAAUGGGAAAGUAGGAGGAGAAGAGAUGCCGCAAAAUGAUUUUAGAAUGGCGUCGAGAUUCACGGUGGGUGGAUCGCUGAGUUCUCUCAAUAAUAAUCGACCUGGAAUGGGAAGGAAAGAAUGGAGUAGAGGAAGAGGCAGAGAGGAAUGGGAAAUGAGUGCACUUGAUUCGCGAAAGGGAUCGAGAGCUAUAGGGGAUGAGGAGGAUUGGAUUGGUCUUGUUGAUGAGGGGACAGAUGAAGAGGAGAGGAAUAGGGAUAGGAUGCGGGCUUUGAGCGAUCCGUCUGUGGGGGUUAGGAUGGAUGAUACGAAAGGAUACUAAAUUUUUUGAGGUGGUUUAAAUGGCGCAAUUGUGAAUGAAUAAAGGGACGGCUGGAUGCCAGGAUACUUCGUGGAACUCGAAGCAAGGCGUUUGUUAUAUAUACCAACUAUACCACUUUGUUUGGAAAUGGAAAGGACUUGAAAGGGAAAGGAGGGAGCGGGUAGAAAAAAGAGCCGCAGACAAGAUGUGCC